CUGGCAGGCGUUGUGUCGCUCACGAACACGUCUGGGGCGCACUUCCGCAUGGAGAUCGCACGGAUCAUGAUUCUUCCUGCAUUCCAACGUAUGAACAUUGCGCGAACUGCAGCAGCGCUCCUCCUGCGCUACUGCUUGCAGCCGCCGGGUGCGUCCCCGCCUGGCCUCGGCUUCCGCUGUGUGCAGUGGUGUGUGCACCCACGAAACGGACCCUCGCUCCGCCUCGCGAGGCGAUUGAGGUUCAAGGAUGAAGGUGUUGUGCGAUUCAUAUACGCGCUGCCAAAG